AAAUUACACGGCACCGUGGUAGAGGGCCGUAAAAUCGAGGUUAACAACGCCACUGCACGAGUAAUGACCAAUAAGAAGAUGGUCACACCUUACGCAAAUGGUUGGAAGUUGAGUCCUGUGGUUGGAGCGGUGUACGGCCCUGAGUUAUAUGCAGCAUCCAGCUUUCAAGCAGAUGUCUCGUUGGGCAAUGACGCCGCAGUGCCCCUGUCAGGAAGGGGGGGUAUUAACACUUACAUUCCUUUAAUCAUUCCAGGCUUCCCCUAUCCAACUGCAGCCACCACAGCAGCUGCGUUUCGAGGAGCCCAUCUGAGGGGCCGAGGAAGAACAGUGUAUGGGGCAGUCCGGGCGGUACCUCCCACAGCCAUCCCUGCCUAUCCAGGUGUGGUUUACCAGGACGGAUUUUACGGUGCUGACCUCUAUGGUGGAUAUGCAGCCUACAGAUAUGCACAGCCUGCUACUGCAACAGCAGCCACGGCCGCUGCAGCCGCUGCAGCAGCUUACAGCGAUGGUUAUGGCAGGGUGUACACAGCAGAUCCUUACCAUGCCCUUGCCCCUGCCGCUAGCUACGGAGUUGGCGCUGUGGCAAGUUUAUACCGAGGUGGCUACAGCCGAUUUGCCCCCUACUGAAGUGACGUGAGCCCCUUGCAAGUGGGACAGCCCCCCCAGUUCAUGAGGCCUGGCUAUUGCAAUAUUUACUAGUAGAGGAACUCUAUAGCAAGACGAGGAGGAAAAACAAAAGAGAAAAUACUUUUUUAUACCUCACUAUGUUCUUUGAAUAUGUUUUUUUUUUCCUUUAAAUUUCUGCCUUUAAUUCUUUUGUUCC